AUUUACUAAUUUACCAACUCAUUGAAGUCAAUCACAUAUCGUGUGCUUCGAUCCGAUCAAAACAUAUCUUUCAACAGUCGUCUCUCUUCUGCUUUCGAUUUGGGUUAGCUUGUCAACACAUCAGAUAGGUUUGUAUCGAAAUAUUUCGCAAGGCAAAGAAGACGUCAGUAUAUACAUUGAACUCCAUGUGUGAAAUCUGCUUUGUGUCUCCUUUUUCUACAGGUGAAGUCAUGUCAAGUUUACUGAAGGAAAUAGAUCAUAUCGACACAGCAGCAGCUCGUGUGUUUGAAGGGGCAGGUUUACACACCGACUCGGACAUUCGGUCAGUGACUCGAGAAGAACUGCACGAGCUAUUUCCUGAAUCAAAGAAUAUCAAGCGGAGAAGGACUAUCUUUGACCUAAUACACAAACAGAAGCCAGUUGAACAGCUCCUAAGAGAAGUAAGAGAGUUCAUCCCAGAUGACAAUUUCAAGGCGGCUCUAACUGACAAUGGAGUCCUGGUUAAUUACCUCAGUAUCCUGAAGGACAUGAAGACCCAAAUGAAUAAUAUCCAGAGUUUCCUUGAUGCUCACAUCAAUGUUCUGGAAGAAUUUAGAUGGAAUCAGCCCAAUCAGGAAUCUGCUCUCUGUAUUUCAAUGAAACCCCACGAUGACGGCCAAAACUCAUACACAAGUACUUCAUCCACCAGUGGUCAAAUGGAGGUCUACAAUCCCCAUCAGGCACAAGACAGCAUUAUUGGCCAACCUGGAAGACAUCAACAAGGAGCACAAACAGCCCCAUUAAAGGAACCUAAAAGUUGUCCUCCCAGCCAUCUGACUACCCAAUCAAGCUUUUGUGGCAGGAGAUCUGACAUCGAUGUUGAAUUCGUUCACUUCGAAUCCUUCACCCAUUUGUCUCCACAUGACGCCACCGUGAUGUACCGUAUGGUUGUCAGCGGUCAAACCUUUGGUGCACAUCAACAGCUGAUGGACAAAUUCAAGAAUCAGGAUCAGUUUAUACUUACUGAAGACACAAACAACUACGAGAUCACUUUUGUCUUCUGCCCAAUCAGUUCACGCAUUCAGUCAGAUGUUGACGCAGCCAUGAGUAAUGUUAAAGAUGAUAAACCUGUCAUUCUGGUGUUGAUGCACCACACACGUGAGGCCAAGAUCAUGACAUAUAUGAAAACAUAUGACGCUAAAGUUCAGUUGCAUGUCAACGUUUUCUACCAUGAGACGAAACGUGGAUUAAUUCCGUGUUAUGAAAAUAGGGCUGCUGUGACCGAUAUACAAAGAGUACUAUGGGGCUUCAUUAAGAAGAGUUAAGAGGAAAUGAUGACGGUGUGAUGGACAUCUAGUUGUCCUGUGAGGUGGUGGUGGUAACAACAUCAGUCGUUCUGGUUUUCUUUAGCUUGGUUAUUAGAAUUAGCUCUGUUGAUGGUGGCAACGAUGGUAUUAUUUCCGUUCACACAAGUAAACAAUAUGUAAUGGAUCAUAAACAGCAAAAAUAAAACAGGCAACAUUUGAUUGAUUUAGACCAAUAACUGAUUUACAUGAAAAUGAGAUCAGCUACUGAUUGUGGUCUAAUGAUGUCAGUAUUAAUGGGUGUAAACAGCUAAACAAAAAGUUGUUUGCUUAUUUCCUGCUUAUGAAUUUCUAAAGCUCUUAUAACCCUAACUCAUUAGACUAAUAUUGUAAUAAAAUGCAUUUCCUAUAAUCAAAUGUAUAAUCCAGUGUUCUCCAGUUGCUAUUGUUGUUUCUGUAUAGACGUAUUAAGACUUGAAUGUACCGUGAGUUUAAAGAGUGCCACAAAGCUCAGUAACUGGCCAAAGGAUGACCUUUGAGAAUAAAGUAUAUCAGAAAUCACAUGGUUGAGAGAUUAUAUCUGCAUGUUUUACACCCUUUCACCAACAGGUGGUUUUGUGUGCACAUGAAGACUUGCUGGAAAGCUUCAACGCUUCAAGAAGCUUCCUCUCGCCAUCACUACUUAUUGUAAAGUUAUUUUGCGUGAUAUGUUAUGUAAGGUGUGAGGAUUAAUAUACCUAAUAUUUUCAAUAAACUGCAAUAAUGGGUGCAA